CCUGGUCCAGUUCACAGAGCUCAGGUUCUGGACUCAGGUCAUACAGAGGAAAGACGGUCCCCAGCCUGCUACCCACAGGCGGGGGGGACACCCGCGACUUCAUCCACAGAUCUGUAGUGCUUUUCUUCUUGUUAAUUGUUGACUGAGUGAGCCACUUUAAUUGGACAUGUCUUCAUCCGUGAGCGGCACAGAGGAGGUCCGGGUGUCGCCGCUGACGCCAAUGAAGUUGGUGGGAUUAGUGUGCGUCCUCCUCGCACUAUGCCUGGAUGUCGGGGCCAUGGUGAGCCCGGCGUGGGUGACGGCAGACGACCAGUACUAUCUGUCACUGUGGGUGUCCUGCUGGAAGCACCUCAGCUCCGCGGAGUGGUCCUGUAACAGCACGCUGUCCACGGACUGGCAGAUCGCCACACUGGCCCUGCUGUUAGGGGGGGCGGCACUCACCCUGCUCUCCUUCCUGGUGGCGCUGGUGUCCCUGUGCUCUGGCUCCAGGAGUCGCUGCUACAAGCCAGUAGCCGUCAUGCUGUUCUCUGCAGUGGUUCUUCAGGUGUGCAGCUUGGUCCUGUUCCCCAUUAAGUUCAUUGAGACGGUCAGUCUGAGGGUGUAUCAUGAAUUUAACUGGGGAUACGGCCUUGCCUGGGGAUCCACCAUCUUCUCGUUUGGAGGCGCUAUCCUCUACUGCCUCAACCCCAAAAACUAUGAAGACUACUACUGAAAUGUGUGAGACAGGAGCGGAAACCAGGAUUCCCUUUUUUCCACUGGAGCCCACUCUGUAAAACAAACUGUUACACAAGUGCACAAACACAGAUUAGAACUAGAAUGACUGCAUUGCGGUUGUUUGCCUUCACCGACCAGAUGAGUUUCAGUUCACGACCAUGUAUGUCCACACUUUAUGUAGUGAAAACUUAAUUAUUAAGUGCACCUUGUUAUAAUUAGUAUAUUAAAUCUUAAAUCAUGGCCCAAAAAAAUACAAAAGUAAUUUUUUUAUAACAAAUUUGAAGGCAUUGCUUACAAGAGGGGGUCGAAAUAAAGGACGAACAGACACCCAACCCCCCUAAACACCCCCAGCCAUAGCUAUUCCCAAAGCAAAAGUAUAAAAAUAGAUUUCAAAAAGGUUAUUGUUCUCUUUGAAACUCUGUGAUCCGAGAUUAGGUAGCCAGCUCAGCUGUGAACAGGACUUCUAUAUCCAAAUGAGAUAGUCUGGGAGAAAAUGUCACAUUUUGUCUGUGUCCCCUUUAAGUGGAACUCCAGUUGGUCUAAGAUUUGGGCAGAGAAUCUGGUGGCAGCAGAUGGAUUCACUGACCCCAUAUAAGGAGGAGUUUGUGGACUAACAAUUCCCCAAUUAUAAAGGGAGGCAAGGAAUAAUCAGGCAAUUAAUGGAACAUUUUCACUGACUCACAUCCUGAGGAUUACAAAGUGAGGAAGACAGGGCCUUCCAAAGGAAAUGUAACAUCAUACAUUUCCCCAUAGAUUCAGUUUAACUAGAACUUGGACUUGUUUUCUUCCUCUAGUAGGGCAUAAUAACAUUAGGGAAAAUAUGCAAUGAAGCUCUGGAAGAGUAACUUUUAUCUCUCCUGCCCUAUAUGUGUUAAAAAAGUCACAUAAUACGUAGGAGCUAUGGAAAAACAGUAUGAACAUUCCUCUGCCAUAUCCAAAUAUCUAUACUAAUGAGGGGGACAUUCAGUCAUGAAUAAUUAACACUGUCGCUACAUAUAAACUAUGCUUAAACUUUCGUCCUGCAGCAUAAUUUUGAAAAAGACUCUAGUAUCAUAUGUAUGUGUAGUAAUCACACUUCUAAGUAACAUCCAUUCCAAGCAGAACAGUGGGAAGGAAGAAGGCAAAUGACCAGGUCUUCUGAGUGCAUGUGUGCAAAGCUGCAUGAUCAUAUCACGACAUGUGAGCACACACCUCCCCAUGUGAUGCCUCCUUAUCUUACCACUGUAGGAAAUGGGGAUUCUGAGUAGGCACCAUUAAGGAUGCAUCAAUUUUCAGAGAGGCAUGUUCUGGGUCUUUUUUUACUUGCGUCUCCAGUUACUUAAGAAAAUUCCAGCAUGCUGUGGGUGAGUUGUGUUAAGAUGAAACUAAGGAGGACAGUGAGGGAUCUUCUCACACCUUAUUUAAAAAAAAAAGAAAAAAAAAAGUAGUCAGUCAGUUUUCUCUUUUGCAACACUUGUAAAAUAAUGUAACACCUGCUGCUGUAUUUGAAUCCCACUGGCUUGUUUACCAAUACAAUAAACGUGUACUGUGAAAAAAAAAGG